CAUUCUGUAGCCAACCAAAUGGGGAGAUCAUUCUGUAGCCAAUCAAAUGGGGAGACCAUUCUGUUCUGCGGCUACGUGCCACACAUGCACAUAGUCAAUGACUUAGUCGAUUAUUGGACGUAAAUAAAGUAAACAUCUGUCUCUGGUCUCUGUGUCUUAAUAUUGUGACAGAUGCCAGCACUUCUCGGUAUUGUGAUGGCGCGUUCCUAUAGUAUGUAUAGUCAAGACCAGCACGCAGUUCUCAGCGGGGUCGUUAUGAUGAAUUUCGAUAUAAUAAAUCCACUGCCACAGAUGGUGUGUGAACACAGUGUGGCCGUGGUUACCCAGUGGAACAUGCACGCUUAAGGCACAAUGAAUGGUGAUGGCGCUUUUGACAGCGCAUCGACGCCGCUUUUUCUCAACCAAAUCAAGGGAGGUAAGAAGUACGUGGAGAGUUGUCCCGCCGACUUGAGCGGCAGCGUCGAGGAGAAGAAGGACCGAAAUUUCGGCGCCAUAUUUGAACUGAGAAAGACUCUGAUCGAGCGGCGCCGGUGGCUGGUCGACGUCGAGUUCGUGAUGGCGAUGGCCGGGAUAGUUUUCAUGAUGGCCGAGAACGAACUGUUUUACAACAACUCCUUCGAGAAAGGAACGUCCGUGUCACUGAUUCUUAAGACUUUCACCACCUUGACAACGGCAGUGCUUCUAGUCUCAAUAUGUCUGUACUAUCACACUGGGAUCGCCAUUCGAAUGGUGGACGGUAAGGUGGACGACCCGUUCGCCGUGACGCCGGUGUGGACGUGGGUUGGGUUGGUCGUCGAGAUUCUCGUCUGCGCCGUGCACCCUUUUCCUGGCGACGUCCAAGUAUCGCUGACGUCACCAUCCGGAGAUUACCGAUCUCAGAGCAUUGACGGAAUUCUGUCGGUCGUCAUGAUGUUCAGACUCUACCUCGUGGGCAGGUUCGUCGUCGUUCACAAUCGGCUUCUCACGGACAGCUCAACGCAAAACAUUGGCGCCGUUAGCAAGGUCAAAGUGAACAUGACGUUCGUUUUCAAGGCCGCAAUGGCCGACAUGCCGGGUAUCCUGAUAACCCUGAUCAUGCUCACCAUGUACUCGGUGAGCGUUUGGUCGAUGCGGACUUGCGAGCUCUACUACACUGGCACCUCUCUCAGCACCAGUCUAUCGGAAGCGAUGUGGCUCUCAGCCAUGACCUUUCUCACUGUGGGUUACGGUGACCUGACUCCCACGACUCAGUGCGGUCGAUUCAUCGCCGUUGCGACGGGCUUGGGCGGAUUGGCGACCACGGCUCUGUUGGUGGCCGUCACGGCUCGGCGCUUGGAACAGACGAGAUCGGAGAGAUACGUCCACAGCUUCCACAACAAAAUACACCUUUUACACAAGAAAAAAAACGCCGCUGCCAACAUAGUGAAAUAUUCCAUCAAACUAUGGACGCUAAAAUGUCGACCCAAAACCUCGUCGUUGUCUUUAACGAUAACCAACUGGAAGUUACGUAAUGCCAUCCGGACAAUACGGCUUACUCGUUUUUCAUUGGCUGAGCACGAGGAUGCCUCAGUCAGCGUUAUUGAGGUCUCCGACAUGGUCUCCAGACUCAGCGACGUCGUGGAUUCUUCGUUCCGGAAACAGAAAGAUCUUUACAAAUAUAUGCAAAAGCUCGAGACAGACAUACUGGAAAUUAAAGACGAACUUAGAAAGCGAAAGUCGUAGUAGUUAUGUGCGUGCACGUAGACACGGGUAGUGCGCUUUUGGUUACCCCUUGCAUCAACUAAUCACAGUCAAAGAAGUUUUGUUGUGAAACCUAAAACGUCAUCAUCAGUGGAGGAUGUAAGGUGUGACCCUGGGACGCUACUCCCCUCGGCACCCCUCAGGUGGCGAAGUGUAGCAUACCUAUGCUGUCCCUGUUGUUCCACGCGUUUAGUAUUACUUAACUAUCUGCUCACCAGAGGACGGAUUCAGUUGGAUGGAGCAAAAUGGCUGUGCCCGCUAUAUAUACUUGUAUAAUAACCGUCACAUUUUUACCGUUUUGUUAAUUAAAUAUACCGUAUUUCCUCAAAUAAGCGUCGGUCUAUUAGAGGAAAUACGGUACCAAUAUACUUUUUUAUAUAUAUAUAAAACAGUUUAUUCCAUGAAAACGAAUUGCCGCAUUUACAUUUGCUUUAUACUCCCAUGGCUUGAGUAUAGUUGGUAACAUUUUAAACAGAUUGUUUUCUACAACCCUUUAUUCAACUGCAAUGUAGCAAGUAAAAAUGCAUGAAGGAUGCAUGGUAUCAAUAUACUUGCUGAUAUUAAGCAACAAUGUACAUUAAAUAUAAUUCAAUAUGCAUACCAGUACAAAAGCCUUGCCUGAUCGUCCCUAAACAUUCAUCCAUUCUCUUUAAAUAUCCGGUAUCCCGGAUCCGUGUCUGAUUAUGAGGCACACAUAAGGUAACCAAUAUGUGGCAAAAUGUAAUAAAAUGUAUUUUAAAAUGCGGCAAAUAAGCAAUUAGUUACAAAAUCCAGGCGAAUACAACUUUAUUGACAAUAAGAAAACCGCAGUAUUACAAUUAUUGUCUUAUUUUUGUUGGCUGUAAUUUACCUUGAUGUGUUCUGGUCGAGUGGUGUAUUUUCUUCAACUUCUUCGAAAUGGAGGUAUCUGGCGUUGUAGGCUACUCAUGCCUCGUAGUGGAAAAACACUUAAAGGUACACGUCUUCUGAAUCAGCAUUCAGAAACAUGCAUCCCGGGAGCCUGCACUGUGUGUAUGUGUAUAAAAAGUUAAAAUUUGUUCUGUUUACCGAUACCACUAGAGCACAUUGAUUUAUUAAUCAUUGGCUAUUGGAUGUCAAACAUUUGAUAAUGUUGACAA